CGCCCUCUAUAGAGUAUAUAUAGUUGCAUCUCUCUCUCCAACGGUCCGCAAAUUCACUACUGCGACGGCUAACUUAGCAGCGUAACCUCGCCGCGACCAACUCCUCAAAACCCCAGGGCAAUAAUGGCUCCAAACCCCAUAACACUAACCCGUAUGUCUCCACUCCUGUUCCGAUUCUUGGGUUUUUCUAGAAAUACUAUUUAUAGUUCUAGAAUCCCCACAAAUCCAAUUCGGAUAAGCACAGUUAGGAGCUAUUCUACAUGCCAUUUUUUCUGUUAUCCCUCACAUUCUAGUGUCAGGACCGUGUUCAAGGAUUUGGGUCGCUCUGAAAUCGGGUUUUCGAAAAAGGGUUCCGACUAUUUUCGGAUUUCAGCGGUCUCGGAUGGUGGGUCCGGUGGAACUGGUGGGUUUGGAGGGUUUGGUGACGGGAAUUCCGGUGGGAAAAGUGAAGGUAGCGGCGGCGGUGGCGAUUGGUCGUUGCUUUCAUGGUACUUGGCUCUCCUUGAGAAGUAUCCUGUGUUGACAAAAGCCAUAACAUCUGCAUUUUUAACUCUUGUUGGAGAUCUGAUUUGCCAGCUUGUGAUUGAUCAAGUGCCAUCAUUGGACCUGAAAAGGACAUUUCUAUUUACUUUAUUGGGACUGGUGUUAGUGGGUCCCACAUUGCACUUCUGGUAUUUGUAUCUAAGUAAAUUGGUGACAAUUCCUGGAGCAUCAGGUGCUUUCUUGCGGCUUCUACUUGAUCAGUUCCUUUUCUCUCCUAUAUUUAUUGGAGUUUUCUUAUCUACAUUGGUAACUCUAGAGGGGCGGCCAUCACAAGUUGUGCCCAAGCUUCAGCAGGAGUGGUUCUCUGCUGUUCUUGCAAAUUGGCAGCUGUGGAUACCUUUCCAGUUUCUCAACUUCCGAUUUGUCCCACAGCAGUUCCAGGUCCUUGCUGCUAAUGUUGUUGCUUUGGCAUGGAAUGUCAUUCUCUCAUUUAAAGCUCAUAAGGAGAUUCUCCCCAAAUAGGUGAGGAGAUAAUUUUGGUCAUGGAAUUAAACAACUUGAAGUAUAGGAUAAAAGUGGAGUUAUUGGAGGCAGGCUUAUGUAUCAUGGAGAGUGCAAGGGUUUCUCUCAGCUUUACUUCAUUUGGAGGAAGGUAAGAGGAUGGCUAGCAUAAAUUUUUUCGAAAGAGUCAUCAAAUUGGCUCCAAGGUUGAAGUUUGUUAGGACUUGGAGGGUUGAAAAUAGAGCUUAGAUGAAGUUUCAUUACUUUUGAGCAAUUUUUUCUGAGAGGAGAAGAAUCUUAUUAUUCCUAAAGGGCUAAUGAGAGUGGUUGGUCAGACUUCAAAUUUGUGGUCAUGAUUGAGUUCAGGCAAUUUUCUUAAUAUUUCAUUGAGGAGAGACCAAAAGGACACCUUAUUUUUCGACAUUUCAUUCGGGAAAGACCAAAAGUGAGAGUGACAACUUAACCUCAUUAAUACAAUUAGAGAUAUAUUAUCCAAUAACAUGUUUUCUAUUGUGGUAAAUGGAACCAAUUAUAUUGUUAUUUUAAAACCUUGUGUAAUCAUGCUCACACUUGUGUGAUGACAGACUUGCAAAUUUUUAUUUUUUUUUAAAGAUGUGUUAAGUAAAAGAGAGCUGAAAUAACCGAAUAACAUGUAGAUGUUGCAUCACAAAUAUUGGUGGUUGGAAGAAUAAUGACAUCAAGACUGAUAAAAAGGAUGUUUGGUGUCAUUAUUAGAUUUAUCCAUAACUAACAUUCUUGAUGGCUUGACAUCAUGACUCAUACAAAAAAUUUUGGUGCCAUUAUUAGCCUAUCCUAUGGCAAACUUUGUGGUGGUAUGGUAUUUCGAGACCCUGUGAUUGCUUUUUCAUUAUCUUCUUGUUUAUUUGAAGUUUCUACUGAUUCAUAACUCGGGAAAGCAAAAAAUUAUGUGGAAGUUGAUGCACUUGCAUCCGUUUCAUACUGU